AUGGAGGUUUACCAUGGUCAUUACAGUAACAAACAACAAAUACUUCCGGUCGGAGAAGGAGACUUCUCCUUUUCUUUAUUUCUAGCCAAAUCCUUUGGUUCAGCUACUAACAUCACUGCAACUUCUCUCGAUACUCGAGAGGAAUUAGAGCGGAAGUACGAGGAUGCAAAGAAGAAUGUAGAAGAACUAGAGACUCUCGGAUGCACUGUGGUUCACAGUGUUGAUGUGCACUCCAUGGACACAAAUUAUCGCGUAGGGCGAUCGAUUAUGUAUGAUAGAAUCAUCUUUAAUUUUCCUCAUGCAGGGUUUAUUUUUGGUCGUGAGAGUGAUAGCUACACCAUCAUGAAUCACAAAGAAGUGGUGAGGGGAUUUUUUGCGAGUGCUAGAGAGUUGGUUAAAGACGAUGGAGAGAUUCAUGUGACUCAUAAGACAGGGCAUCCAUUUUCCAACUGGAAUAUAAAAACUCUGGCUGAAGAAAAAGGUUUGUAUUUUUACAAAGAAAAGGAAUUUGAGACUUGGCAAUAUCCAGGUUACUCCAACAAGAGAGGAAGUGGAAGUAACUGUGACUCUAGCUUCCCUGUUGGAAAAUCUUCUACUUUCAUGUUUGGUAAACAGUUGUACUUGGGUUUAUAA